UUAUAUAUAUAGGCUCUUAAACAAAAUUUGAUAUUUUUACCAGAACUCCCCACCAUGACUGUGUCAUAUCACUUUCUAAUUUAAAACACCACAGGAUAUGCAGUGUUUUGUUUACAUUUAAUUAUUUAAAUUCUGUAGCAUUUCAUAUAAUAAAAUGUAAUUAUAAAACUUGUAUCUUAAAGCAUCAUGAAGUAUCUUAUUAUUAUGAAGUUAAUUGGUCAUAUUGCCUACACAAGUCAUUUUAUCUGUGUUUAUUUUGCAUUAUUUUUAAACAGUGGUUUUGUAAUCUACUUAACCAAUGCUAAACCAAAAAUAAAGUGAUGUGUUCGGGGGAAAAUGCUGUGAUGUUUUCAUUUCAGAUCUGCACAAACUGGGGGUAGUAAGUGGGUAGUAACUGAUUACAUGUAAUCUGGAUUACGUAAUUAGAUUACAAAAAUUAAGUACUUGUAAUUAGAUUAAAUUACAUUUUAAAAUACUGGUAAUCAAACUAUAGUUACUAUUCUAUAUAUUACAUGAUUACAUAUUAUUCACACAAUAGCAAUAAAUUAUUCAUAAUUUUGAAUUCAUCUUUUUAAUUCCUUAAAAAUCCAGAUUUGUGGACAUUCACACAAACACCAAUCAGCUGGCUGUAAUUAUACAAAAAAAAAAAUAAAAAAUUGAGAGGCCACACAACAUUUGACCACUGGAUUACAAAAGCAUUACAGUUUUCGAAAGUCUUUUCUCAAUAUUUCAACAUUGCAUCAACUACUGAUAAACACAAUAUUGUUGAUUUUUAUUUUAUUUUUUAUUGUUGCAAUUAUUGCUCAGUGGCUGACAGUGGGGUUAUUUAUGUCUUUAGAAGGCUUUUGUCUUUCAAACACAUUAAAAUGCACAAAUUUGUGUUAUUUCUUAUUUACAUGUAAUGCAGGCAUGGUACAAGUUUCCUAUUUAAAUAGGAGUUGACAAGAAAAGUUAUUUGAGAGGUUGACCAUGAAAGAUUGCAAAAACUACAACAACAUUCUUUUUUCUUUGUAAUGUGUGUCCGGUGUAUAUUAGCAGUAACAGUCCUUACAAUCCUUUUAUGCUGUACUGUAAUUACACAUUUUGGACAUGGGUUCUCUCACAACUCCUGAUUUGAAUAUGGCUAUACUUUGAAUAUGGCAAUACUUUGGCUAAAUUAUAUACAUAAGUGCAAAUUUCUUCAAACCACUCUACUCUUUUUCCAUUCCUACAAGAGGUGGUGUUAUAGAUUAUUAAAAUAUAUGCAAAACAAAAAGCUUUUAUGCCAUCCUUUGUCUUGUAGCUUAAAUGUAGUGUUCUACAUUAGUGAAUUUGUCAUUUUAAAGAACAUGAAGCAUAGCAAGCUACCCAAGUGGUUGAGAAAAACUCAAAUAGUAGGUACGAAUUCAAACAUGUUUAAUAAAACUUUAUUAUCAUUUACACAGUUUUCUGCUUAUUUUUUCCGGUUGUUCAGUCUUUGGUUGUCUUGUUAAAAAAUGUCAAUGCGUAUUUGUACAAUGGGUAUUUUGAUAAAUUUUAAGUAUAUCUUUAAAGUACAACUGGCUCCAGCCUGACCCCAUAUGAUGUUAAUUUAACUGGAAAAAGGGAUGAAUAAAUAAAGGUGCUGUGUGAGCAUGUGUUCAUCUCUGAUUUCCCCUCUGGUCUGUGUGGUCGAGUUUCAUCUAAAGCUCAGUCGUGUUUCUGCUCACAGUAAAAGAUGUCUGAAUAAUCACAGUACAGAAGAUAUUCAACUGAAUCAGACAAUGAAGAUCAUACAGCUUCAGAUCUAUCUGUUGAUGUGGUCUCAAGCCACAGAGAGUCUAACAAACAAACAAGUGUCUUUAGGAGCUGAUGUGAAUAUAACCUGUGAUCUUGAUAUAAAGGAGAUUUACUGGUACAAACUGAAAUCACCGGAUCCUCCAAUGUUUAUCUUACGUACUUUUGACAGCACAUAUGAAGGAGCUGAAUAUGAAAACAGCAUCUUUGAAGACAAAUACUCAGUGAAAACUAACAGUCGUCUGUUCAUCAGAAAUAUCAGCACUGAUGAAUUAGGAGUUUAUUAUUGUGUCAAAACUAGUGAACCACAAAAAUUCAGCAACGGCACCAAAAUCUACAUCAGCGAGUCUGUCCAAAGGAAUCAGACUUUAGAGUGUAAGCAAAAUGAUGCUUCACAACAUAAUAAAUCGUGGAGAAAUCUGAUGAUCAUCAUCAUCUCAUCUGCCCUGCUCAACGUGCUUUUGACCAUCACUUUAAUAGGUUUGGUGACGCGCUACCUUCAUGCAACUAGAAAAUGUAAAAACAACCCUCAAACCACCACGGCAGCACAAUACUCAGAAGAUACACAGUACGCUGAAAUUGAUCAUCCCAUCCGCCCCAGAGAAAGCAGGCCUUGCCAGGACCAGACCACCUAUUCUCUUUUACAGCCAAAAAAAAAGUAGUUGUUUAAAACUUAGUAUGUUUGAUAAAUAUACUUUAGAUAUGAAAAAUGUGUAUUAAAUUUAACAUUUCUGUAAUUCCGUUUGUAGAAUUUAUUACUUUCAAUGACUUCAGUGGUAUAUUAUUUAAAAAAAAAAUGUUUAAGAUAGACAUAUUUAAUAUUUAGAAGAGAGAUAUUGAAGAGAAAGAAAAUCAAAUUUGAAACAAAGUUGAUUUUGCUUUUUAUUUAAAUGUUUCUUUCACAAACAUUCAGUUCAAUGAAAACUACUUGGAGUUCAGAGUCAUGAUCAGAUCUGUGAUGAUUUGUCACUGCAUCUAAGAUUAAUGUUCUAUAUGAAAAUAUAAUUACAAUUCUAAUUGGUUGAAAGUAAAACAGUGGACACUGUGGCUGUUUGCCACAAGAGUAAGUUGUCACAAGCGCUGUAAAUAUGCCACUUAAAGUUUUGUUGGUGUUAAUUGCAAAGUUGAACUGUGAUCUCAUGACAAGUUUUUUUUGCUUUUUUUUUUUUUUGUUUGUUUGUUGCCAUGUAUAUGUUUGCUGCUUUGUGAAUUGUUAUGUUCACAAAACAUAACACCAGCACAUGACCAGGUAAGGACCAGCAUAAACCAGCUAAAAUCAGUAUACCAGCACCAAAACCUACCUGGCUAUGCUGGUUAUUUCAACAGGGGUGUGGUGUGCUAGAUAAUAUUAAUGAUCUUGUCUGUGAUGAAAUGUUCCUGUUUUGAAUGGAGAUCUUGCUUUUACAGCUCUUCUUUCAAACUAGCGGUGAGUUGCGUGUAAACCACAGGGUAAUGAGGUUUCUCAGAGCUGAAGUAGUUUCUCAACAAGUUUCAAGAAACACCAUGCAAUGAAUAAUCCUUAAUCUUGAACCAUACAAUACAUCCGCUAGCAGUUACAAAGAUAAAAUUCCUUCCCAGAAUUGUUUUUUUCACAGUUCACUUGAUUUCAUUACAAUUGUCUGCUUAUGUAUUAUAAAGAUUUCAUGUACAGCUGGAAAUCACAGGAGCAGCUUUCAAUGUAUGUACUAAAGACAUUUUUUGACUUUCUUAUUAAUAGGUUUAAAUUUUUUUGUGUGCAUGUUAAAAAGUCCAACUUCUGCACAGCUCUCCUUUGUGGUUAACAAACAGCAUGAGUUUUUGCAAAUGAACUCCUCCACAGUUUGGUCAGUGUGUUUAUCUGCAGUCACAGACAAAGAUAGUUUACUUUUAUGCAUAUGAAAGCAAAUCUAAAAAUAGACAUUCAGUCUUUUUAACAGCAUGCACUGUAAAGGUCCUAGAUCACAUGCAAUUUAAAUAUACUUUCAUAUAGUUUUCAUUAAUUUCCUGUCAGAAAUUAAAUAUGCUCUGUAUUGUAUGUGGGUGUGCUCAACCCUAUGGGGUAGGUUUUUGUUUUUGGACUUCAAUAAAGCCUGUCUAACUCUGCAUUUGAGUCUUUGCCUCUGCCCACAACAACACCUGACAUCACAAACACCUGCAUGCAUCGAGUGGUUUAAACAUUAACCAAGUGAACAUAACAGGAAAAAACAUUAAACAAAUGUACUUGAAAUAUACCUGAGUUUCACCUUUCCUGCUCCAUCAAGAGGAAGCAAAAAACUGUUAGCCAAAUACAUUGUUUGAACAAAAUAACCAAAACUACACAAAGUAAAACAAAUACAAUCCAGGGUAAUUUAAAUAUAAAUACUCAAAAAGGUUUGUGUCAAUCACAGUUUGUUUCGUAAUAAGAAAUUUAAACAUGAAUAUUGAGUGCAAAGUAAGCCUCAUCUGUUCAUAAAUAAUGUCACUAUUGAUGAUUUAGGACUUUAUUACUGUGUGACCACAGACACACCUCCAAAAUACAGCAAUGGCACAAGACUACACAUCACUGGUGAGUAACAAUUCAGUGAUGUUUACGUUACAUCUUUUCAGAUUAGAAAAACAAACAUGUUAAACCCUUCAAAGUACUGAACAUAUAAUAUCCUACAGAAUAUACUGCAGAAAUCCAGAAUCAUACAGAGACAAAUCUCACACAAUGUCAGACUUUUACCCUCAUAUCUGCUCUGUUGAAUGGUCUUCUGAUCAUUGUGAUCAUAGGUGAGUUACUUGAUAGAAUUGCAGUUGUUGCUUCUUCAAAUGGAAAGACUUCAAUCUGAAUUCUCUGUCACUUUAAAGGAGUAUUGAAGAAGUUUAUUCUUGGAAGCAAGAGAUCCAGAGACAGCUCGAAAACAUUUCAAACUGCAAAUCUACAGCAGCCUCAAGUUAUGGAUGUUGAACAACUCCAAGACUUAAGCCUAGUGCAGUUUGCUGUGGUGGAUCCUCCCACAUCAUGUCAAAGGUUUCAGUCCAGCCAAGCCAAUAGCAUUUCAACACUAGCUGCUGAAAUCACCAACGAUUAACC